CGCUUUGGGUGGACGGCUAAGGCGGCACCAUGAAGAGGAGAGCAGGGGAGCGGGAGAAAGAGCUGAAGAAGAAAAAACUUCUUGAAGAACUUGGGGAGAACAGACUUCCAUAUCUGACACCAGCCGACGCUGAUUUCCACCAGCUGUGGAAGAGCAAGUAUUCCAAGCUGAUUUUCAGGAAAUCUGAUACAGUACCUGAAGAUCUCCACCAAAUGGUACAGGAAAGCUUUCUGGCCUUGCGAGAGCACAACUGCUUCUUUCAAGAUCUUGUGAGGAUCAAAGGAAAAGACUUCCUUACUCCAGUGUCUCGUAUAUUAAUUGGAAACCCAGGCUGCACUUAUAAGUACUUGAACACAAGAUUAUUUACAGUUCCUUGGCCUACAGAAAGUUAUGACAUAAAAUAUUGCAGUCCUCAGAUACACGAUGCUUGUAAAGCAUUAAAGAGACUUAAUGACUACUUGCAUAUUGAAACAGUCCAGGCAUUACAAGGACAAAAUUUGCUUGAGAACAAAGAAAUUAAAGAUACUACUGUAAUAGAUAGGAAGCAAAGUUUUGCUGCUUCUCUUACAGAGCAAGAGUCUGUUUCAAAAGAUCAAAGCAGUGUUUGUGUAUCAGAGGAUGACAGAAGUAUAAAGAACAGAACAUCUUAUAAUUUGACUUUAUUAAAUUAUAUGGAUCCACUACAAAUGCUGUACUUGAAACAGGAGCCUUACUUUGGAAUGGGGAGCAUGGCAGUGAGCUGGCACCAUGAUGAGAACCUGGUGGGAAGGUCAGCAGUGGCUGUGUACAGUUUCAGCUGUGAAGAUUCAUCUGUACAAGAAAGCACCGAGCAGGAGCUGAAGGGAAGAGACCCAGCUGUGUGGCACGUGGGUUUGAAGGUGGCAUGGGACAUAGAGACACCUGGCUUGGCAGUGCCACUUCUCCAAGGAGACAUCUACUUGAUGCUUGAUGAUCUCAAUAUGACCCAUCAGCACUGUGUUCUGGCUGGUUUGUCCCCUCGGUUCAGCUCCACUCACAGGGUGGCAGAUUGUUCAAAAGGAACAUUGGAAUACAUACUUGGACAGUGUGAACUGGCACUCCAGAAUUUGCAGACUGAUUCUGAUUCAAUGGUUUUGUCUUUGAAAUCACUGGAAGCUGCAGUGGUGAAGCAAGCAGAAGAAAUACAUAAUGAGGUUGAAUUUGAGUGGCUUAGGCAGUUUUGGUUCCAAGGCAAGAGGUAUUUGAAGUGCACUGAUUGGUGGCUUAAGCCUAUGGCUAAAUUGGAAGAAUUUUGGAGAAAAAUGGAGAUUAUGACAAGUCUGGUCCUCUCUGAGGUGAGAAAAGAGCAACAAAUUGAGGAACAAAGAAAUGAGACCAUCAGCUGCUUCCUGCUCCUGCUUAAGGAGAGACAAAAGCUGCGUAAAGAAUGGACAGCAAGAUGCCAGUCAGAUGCAGCAGAGAGCUUGCCAGAGGACCAGAGACCAGAAUGCCAUCCCUUCUGGACAGAUGAUGAUGAAUGUAAUAUGCCUCUGCCAUAUGAUCUAGAGGAAGUAAUUGCUUAUCUGCAAAAUCUUGUUCAAUGGAUAGAAUAACAAGCGACCUUCCAGCCUGGAAUUAUUGAUGCUGGUCAUCUGGGGAGAAGCUUUGUUAUCAUGAAUCUUUUAAGCUUUAUGAUUUCUUGAUUGUAUGUUAUUUUAUGUGUCAAUGCAGAUUUUACCAGUCUUUACACAGUAGCUUAGUUACUGUCUCAUAAUAAAAAGGACCAGCCCCCAAAUUAGAGAAGUGUGUGUUUUUUAAGACCUGAAGUCCAGAACACCAGCCUUAGUUCCCUCCUCCUCCACUCUAAUUCCCAUUGACCCUGCAGCCCAGGGGUAUCUGUGAAUCCCAGACUCACAGAAUGUUGCAGGUUGGAAGGGACCACAGUGGGUUCCCGGGUCCAACCUCCCUGCUCAGGCAGAAUUCCCCAGAGCACAGGCACAGGGCUGUGUCCAGACAGUUCUGGAAUGUUCUCUGUGAGGAGACUCCACAGCCUGCACAGAGCAUUUUUCAUUUUUUCAAGAUGAGCGAUUCUGUAGGAGCAUUCUAACACAGAUCCCAAGACUUCCUUACUGUUUUGCCUCAUGGCAACAGAGUACUACUAGGAGAGAUUUCUGAUGUGAAUCUGUACCUCCUGGGCUCCCUGGAAUUGAGAAUUCAAUUCCUAAUCAUUGCUUUGUUUCUGCAUGUGGUGAAUCCUACUCUGAGGUCAGGUUUCCCAGUACAUUGCCUAAAGAAGUGAUGGACCUAAGACCUUCCAUUUAGGUUGUUUGGUUCUCUGAGAAACUGGAUUUAGAUUGUCUGAUAUUGGGUAUUUCAGCAUCAUGUGAGAUCUAUGAGCACAAACCCAAAAACUGUGAAAAAGGAAACUGUUUGUGAUGUUUUGUAGCAACAUGCUAUAAAAAGAACAAUUCUGUGCGGGUGCCCUGUGAUACAGGGUGCUCCUGAAUGAGAUAGAAAAUUUUGUUUUGGUAAAUUGCUGUUUUGUCUGAACUGGUUGGGCUGGUGUCCAACUCUGCCAGAAAAAGCAGAAAAUCAUUAGGGUGAAAAAGCACUCAGGCUGUAUUACCAAAGAAGCCAGUAAGGUUCAGAGUUUGACAUUGCCACCAAGAAAUGAAUAUGCCUCCUGUGUUAAUGUGGUGUUUAAAGUCUGCUGAGGCUGAGCUCACCCAGAACACACCAGCUUCUGUACUGGCAAAGUGCUGUAUGUGUGGAUGAGGCUUGUGCUCCUGAAAUUUGUGCUUUUGACAGUAUAACAUAUGCCAGACCUCCCUGGAGCUAAGGAAGCUGUGCCAGUAAAAAUUCAGUUUUAGUGGUAUAAAACUGUGUCCACACCUACCAGCUUUUGCCAGGACAAUUAUAUCAAGUAGAGGUUGUGCCUCAUAAGACUUUAUGUAAAGCUGUGCCAGCAAAAGUAUAAAUACCUGAAUCAAGUGUUUCCAUCAUAGUCCUGGGUUUCUGUGAAAACUUUUCGUUAUCCUGUGGAAUGUAAAGACUCUCUGAAGAAUAAGUUAUUACUUAAACUAGGUUUGAUAAUAUUACCAUGAUCCACUCAUUUAUCUGUUGUCUCUUGUGCCAUAGAUUUCAUAACAUUUGCUAAUACAGCUAUGGGCCAGCUUUCUCUUCCCUGCGCUAGUUAAAGCUGGCUUUACCAGUGGCAUAUUUGGAUUAGUGCCACACUAAACACUGUUUGCUUUGGAGAUUGCUCAGAGAAAAGCUAGCUGAAGAUGUGGGAAUUCUGCUUUUGUAAAGGCAGUUCUCAGAAACAGAUAUUGCUUUGGAUAUGAGCAAUAUGAAUUCAGGCAAACUAAUGUUGUAACAGUGUUAGCACAAUGUUUAGGGGGGCUGUUUAUUUAUGCUGUUAUGUUAUGAUUACUUUGUGUUUAAUUAAGCACUGCUAAAAUCCAUGGGGAUCACGCUAUUGAAAGAAAUCUGACCACCACAAAGGGGAGAGAAGGCACAUCAAUGAUGGAGUUUGUAGCUGAAGUGGAGGCAAAGCUAUUACAAAAUGAUUGGCAAAUAAUUAUUUCCAGCAGCAGUAAAAAUAAAACCAAACCAAAACAAUCCCAAACCUAUUAGGAGACUGCUGGCAGUAAUAACAGAAUUUUUAGAAUACAUGUUCCCAGGUCUUGCCUAUGCUUGAAGGUUUAAGGUCGUGGAUUAGCUGAACUGGUAUUGGUCUCAGUGCAGUCAGAUCCCACUUAUCUGAGCCAUGGUUAGCAAUGAUAUGGACAAAUUAAUACCUUUGGAACAGGACUGCCAAAAUACCAAUAAUCAAGUGGUCUAGGGCUCUGUGUUGCAUUCCAGUCUUGCAUCAUCUAAAUCAGUAUAACCUGAUUGUUUUCAGUUGGAAUGCAGAAGUAUGAGAAGAUUUCAUAUCGCCAAAGCCCACAGGAGUUGAUAGCAAUAACAUGAGUAAGGUGGUGGAACUAUUUGAAGCACAGAGUAAUGCCAAAGGGUACCCCAAAAGGAGAACACAGUUAAAGGUAAAUAUAUAUAAAAAAACCUUGAGAGAUCAACCAUAAAUUAUUGCUGUGUUUAGAUUAUGUGUUAGAAGCUGAUAAAUACUUUGAAGAUUUCUUUAUUUUAUUCAAGUAGUUAUAAUUUAGCUUGUUUCAAUGAUUCUUUAGCAAUCCAUUUAUAUUCCAGCAUUAGAUAACCCAUUUCCUUUUUGAAAGGGCUGGAAGACACAGCCUCUAAUUAAUGUUCUAUGUACAGCAAUUUUUUCCAAGCCUGGAUGCUUUAGAAGCACAAGGACCAAGGUCAAGUUUUUUCAAGGAAGAGGUGAGAGCAUAAAUUAACUUCUGACAUUAAAUUCAGUGGCUCUUUUAAAAUGGUGAAGUUCACGAUUUUGCUUACAUUUACUUUUCAUCAGCCAGGGCUGAAUUGAGGUAAAAUAGUUCACUUGCACGUGUGUGUCAGGCUAAAUGGAUUGCAGAAGAUACAGAUCUGUUUGCCUGUCUGCACUUGCCUUUAGACAAUAUUCAUCAAUUUUACAAAAGCUACUGACUAAACAUGGAACCAGUACAAAUGAAAUGCUCAAGGCAAGGGCUUUCUUUUAUAAAUCUGAUACAGAGUUGGUUUUACACUGAUAGAAAGAAAAUGUUGGCAGAAAAUGAAAAACUUUUAUUGUUUCUGUAAUUUGGGGGAUGAAAGAUACAGACUGUUUUUAAGUAUUUGAUAGAAAACUGCUGUGUUAUGCAAUGUAAUUAGAGAUGUUUUUAUAAUGCUUUGUUCACAUCCGUGUAUAUGAAAAUAUUUUAUCCCAUAGGUCUUUUCUUCUGUUGAAAAGGUUAUGUAAAUAAAUAAAAUUAAUCUCAAUACAGUAGAUUUUAAAGGCAUAAUACUUAUGUUCUAAGCUUUACAGCAGGUUCUGAUUAUUUAAAGGGUAAAUAAGAAUGCCAUGAGUAAUCACUGACUGAAAACUGUGCAGGAUGGGUAACAUGCACCAUAACAAAUAUCCAAACCAGUUGUCUUAUUAUCAUCUGAAUAUGGUUUUAGGUUCACUGACAGUGGUACAAGAUGCAAUAUAAAAUUAUGCUGGACUACUUAAUGCAGAGGGGCAGAUUCAGGGAUUCCGUUCAAGUCAUAGCAUAGAAAUAAAAAUAUUAUUAAAAUAUUGUAGGGUGUUCAGAGCUGGCGUCGCUCCUUUCUCAGUUACAGCAGUGCUGUUCCAUUAGUCCUGUGCCAUGCAGUGGAGUUUGGGCUGUUGGAUACUGAACCAGGCCAGGCUUAGGCUUGUGUCUAAGCUGGGCUGAGAGCAGGGCAAGGGAGAUGAGGUGGGAUGCACAGGAGACCCAAGGGAUGUGAUUUUUCAAGGCCACAACUUCAUUAACUGGACUCAUAUGGGAGUCAUUGAACUCAAGCUUGUACAGUGCAGGUCAGGAUCUCUCUCUUAAUUGUUACCACCUGGUGCAAAGUUAAUGUUGGCUCCCUGAACCCCUCCCUGCCCCUGACAGCCAGUCCUCAGCUUUCUGCUGGGAUCUGACCACUCUCAGCUCACACCAAGGUUACAGAGCUGGGAAGAAUGGUUGUUCCACUGUAGCAGCAGGGAUGAGAAACUCUCAUCCCCAGCUUCAGCCUCCACCUCUGUCCUGCUACAGCUCCACAGAGUGAGUACCUCCAGACACUCUGCUUCUCAUUUGAGAUUCAGGUUGCUGCAGCUCAUCUUCUGUCCUGUCCCACCAGGACAGUGAUCUGACACAGGGACGGUCCAGACAAGAAGAACCUGUUUGCCUGAGGUUCCUCAUCAAAACCAGACACCCACUGCACUCCCCAUAGAGUGAAAAGUUCAGGGCUGCAAUAUUCUGCCUUUAGAGGGUGGGAGCUGCUAGGGAGUGAUGAAGGACUGGCCAAACCACCAGCAUUCAUUGUUCUGUAGGACUCCCAUCCUGCCCUGUCCUGCCUCACCCCAGCUGUGCAGGCAGAGGCAAUCCUGAACAGAGCCUCUGCUCUCUGUCCUGCCCAAACUGACUCUUCACCUCAGUGUGGCUGGGCUUGCACCUUCAUUUACAUUCAGGCAAUCCUGAACAGAGCCUCUGCUCUCUGUCCUGCCCAAACUGACUCUUCACCUUCAAUGUAGCUGGGCUUGCACCUUCAUUUACAUUCGUCCUCUUCAUCUUAGCCUGAGGGCAUUCAUUGAACAAGAGAAGAUAAUUUAUACAAUUACAAAACCACUGUACAUAGAAAGGCUACAGAACUGGCUGAAUAACAUGUAAAAUAAAAGCCAAGAAAUAACCAGUAAAAUUAGCACAUUAAAAUGCUGAUAUUUACGCAUGAGCACUUCGCAUAUCAUGGGAACUCCUGUUUCUCUUCUUGUUGCUUAGGAGAUAACAUUCAUAAUCCAAAAGGAUGUAUUAUGCUUUGGUUUACAUCCUCUAAAUCUCCACUGGUUUUACAGGGCUUGUCCAUGAUGAUCAAGAAUUUGGUCACAAAAGUUGUUCUCCUCCCCCUCCCUAUCGUCAAAUACUUGCUUUCAUGCCAACACAUCUUGGUCUGAUUAGUCCCCUUGAUUACAGGCUAAAGUAAAAAGUCAGGUGUAUAAGAUUCCCAUUAUCCUUUAUUCCUCUGCUUCUAAGAACAGGUCAGAUAGAGCUAUUUCAGUGAAAAUGUGAACAAUCAACUUCUGUUUACCAUUAACCUUCAGUUUUCUUUUCUUAAAAUCAAAUCAGGGCUUGGUAGGCAGUUAUUUUCAUACAUGUCCCUUGAUCAGUGGAACAAUCUGUCAAAAGCCAUUAAAGCCUCUAUUAGGUUGAAUUGCAUUCAAAGUUAAGCUCUCCAAUCAUUUGAAGGACUGUGAUGAUUGCUUUUAAUAUAGUAUACAUUGAUUUCUCUCUUGGAAUAGCAACAUAACUUUGAAACUAAGCAUGUAUGACGUGAGCAUUUUGCUCUCCAGUGUGUCUUGAGAAGCUUUGUUUCUUAGGGAAGAUGAAUGUCUACAUUUAAAAAAAAGAAAAAAACAAAUGCAGUGAAAUCACCUCUUCAUUGUCACAAGUUUUUAGCUUUUCCUAGUUCAUUGUAACCCUCAAGGUGUAACAUAUGAAAGACAAAGACAUUUUCCAGUGUCCCUUUCCUCAAAAACUUCACUGAUUUCUCUAAUUGUACUGUAUUGUAAAAGUGGCUCUUUAUGUUAAAAUAUCAGGAUGCUUUACAGAGAGAAACUGAGGCAGAGGUCCAAAGUGCAGCUGGGAUCUGAGUGCCAGCACUGGAACGAGUGUUAUGUAACCCUCUGUCACUGCCAUAUCGCUAUCACUGCCAGAAAUCAGCUCAGCUUACAGAGCAAAGAUGCUCUCAUAGAACUUGUUGUCCUCCAAAGUUAUAUCUGAAAGUUGAGCUGGAAUCUGUCCUAUUCAUGUCAUAUUUAGCACAAUAUUUAAUUGCAUAACAUACAAUAAUGCAUCUCAUAUAAUACAGACCUUUCAGACCUCCUGAAAGGUCUGAUUAAAACUUUCCAGUCAAUCUUUUAGUUACAUUCCAAGUCUCUGAGCUCUCAAUGGGAAAGACAGAUUUUAUUGGAAUUAAAUGAUUCCAUGGAGAAUAUGCAGUGUAUAAUGUGAUGCAAUAUAAUACUAUCCCCACUCUUCUAGAUCUGUUUUAAGUAUUUCCACUGCAUGCCCCACAAGGUGCUACAGCUGCUGUAUUAGGAAACUCUUAAGAAAAUACCCUGUUGGUAUUUGUACUGUUUUUACCAAGGUGAAGGUGAGUUGCUGAAGCAAACUGGAAUGCUGGUUAUGCACCUGUUAGCACUUUGGUCUGGUACUUAUUGGGUAGUCUGGUAGUACUUUACUGAGAGCACUGUGUUACCAGCUAUUUUGAUGAACAUCCUAAUGAAUUAUUA